AUGUCCAGCCUCCAGGAACUGUGCUCUGGCCUGCCCCUACAACCUCUCCCUGAGAACCGGGGGCGCUGGGCUGGGGUGCCACACGCUCCCGUCAGGACUCCCGGCCUCAGCCCUGCAGAAGAGCAGCUGGCUCUGAAGAAUGCUCUGCGCUACUUCCCACCCACUGUCCAGAAGCUGUUGGCCCAGGAGUUUGCCCAGGAGCUACGACAAUUUGGACACAUCUACAUGUACCGGUUCUGCCCCAGCAUUGAGAUGAGGGCCUACCCAAUUGAUCAGUACCCAUGCCGGACACGAGCAGCUGCAGCCAUCAUGCACAUGAUUAUGAACAAUCUGGACCCCGCUGUGGCCCAGUUUCCACAGGAGCUGGUGACCUACGGAGGAAAUGGGCAGGUGUUCAGCAACUGGGCUCAGUUCUGGCUGACCAUGUCCUACUUGUCGAAGAUGACGGAGGAACAGACUCUGGUCAUGUACAGUGGACACCCGCUGGGCCUCUUCCCCAGCAGCCCUGGCGCCCCACGCCUGGUCAUAACCAACGGGAUGGUCAUUCCCAACUACUCCUCCAGGACAGAGUAUGAGAAGCUGUUUGCGUUGGGAGUAACUAUGUAUGGCCAGAUGACAGCGGGCAGCUAUUGCUACAUUGGUCCCCAGGGAAUUGUCCAUGGCACAGUGCUCACUGUGCUGAAUGCUGGUCGGCGGUACCUGGGCAUCGAGGACUUGGCAGGGAAGGUCUUCGUCACUUCUGGGCUUGGUGGGAUGAGUGGGGCUCAAGCCAAGGCUGCAGCCAUCGUUGGAUGCAUCGGAGUGAUCGCAGAGGUUGACAAAGCUGCACUUGUAAAGCGCCACCGGCAAGGCUGGCUGAUGGAGGUGACUGACAGCUUGGACCACUGCAUUGUGAGACUCAGGGAAGCAAGGAAAAAGAAGGAGGUGCUCAGCCUUGGCUACCAUGGCAACGUGGUGGAUCUUUGGGAGCGCCUGGUCCAUGAACUGGACACCACGGGGGAGCUCUUGGUGGAUCUCGGGUCGGACCAGACAUCCUGUCACAACCCGUUCAAUGGUGGCUACUACCCUGUGCAGCUUAGCUUCUCAGAGGCCCAGAGCCUCAUGUCCUCCAACCCAGCUGCCUUCAAGCACCUGGUGCAGGAAAGCCUGAGGAGGCAUGUCUCAGCCAUCAACAGGUUGGCCCAGGAGAAGUUCUACUUUUGGGACUACGGUAACGCCUUCCUCUUGGAGGCUCAGAGAGCAGGAGCAGAUGUAGAGAAGAAAGGAGCCAACAAGAUGGAAUUCCGCUACCCCUCCUAUGUCCAGCACAUUAUGGGGGACAUAUUCUCCCAGGGCUUUGGGCCCUUCCGUUGGGUAUGCACAUCAGGGGACCCCCAGGACCUGGCUGUCACCGAUCAUCUGGCCACAUCUGUGCUGGAGAAAAUCAUUGACGAUGGAGUGAAGGCAUCUGUUAAGCUACAGUAUAUGGAUAACAUCCGCUGGAUCCGGGAGGCUGCCAAGCACCAGCUGGUGGUGGGCUCCCAGGCGAGGAUCCUGUACUCAGACCAGAAAGGACGUGUGGCCAUUGCUGUGGCCAUUAACCAGGCCAUCGCCAGUGGGAAGAUCAAGGCACCAGUGGUCCUGAGCCGUGAUCACCAUGAUGUGAGUGGCACUGACAGCCCCUUUAGAGAGACUUCCAAUAUUUAUGACGGUUCUGCCUUCUGUGCAGACAUGGCAGUGCAGAACUUCGUGGGAGAUGCCUGUCGUGGUGCCACCUGGGUUGCACUUCACAACGGAGGGGGUGUAGGCUGGGGCGAGGUGAUCAAUGGGGGAUUUGGCCUUGUACUAGAUGGGUCCGCACAGGCUGAGCAGAAAGCCAGGAUGAUGCUCAGCUGGGAUGUCUCCAAUGGUGUGGCGCGGCGCUGCUGGUCUGGGAACCCCAAGGCCUAUGAGAUCAUCUGCCAGACAAUGCAGGAGAACAGUGGCCUGGCGGUGACACUUCCCCACGAGGUGGUAGAUGAACGAGUGCUACAGCAGGCCCUGCGGCCCUGAGAAGAGCCAGGGUCUGCUUGACCCUCUCCUUCCCACUGCCCUCCCCUCUCAGAUCACCGCCCUCCUCCCUCACUGCACCCUAUAUAGCUCUCCUAAUGCCCCACAAGGUGAACCACAGCGGCCUAUCAAGGUGGAAGCCCUGGUCUUUGACCAGUGGAUUGAGAGCCCUCCGACGACAAUAGACACAUCUUGUUUACGGGCAGGUCCUUAAGACUGCAGUAGAGUGGACUCCAGCUUAGAUGGCCAAGCUGGCACCAGCCUCCCAGGAUUCUGUGACCUUCUCAAAGGGAUGUUCAGUCUCCUGUCUACCACCGUCCCCACACUGCUUUCCUAGCUAUCCUCCCAUCCCUUGUCUGUGCCAUCACUUCCGGUUCUUCAGAGAACCAGGGAUGGGUACACAAAGUGCCCACACCAGGUCCCUGAUGCUGAUGAGUAUAGGGAGGAGAGAGACAGGAAAUAAAGAAUAAAGGAGAGGCGAGUACAUGGCGUAACCUGGGCUAGCGGGAGUGGGUAGCACAGUGUCUGAGGCAAAAUGGCCAGGUGCUGGGGCACAUGGAGAGAAGACACUUUCCAGGUCAGCUGUGUGAACCUGAAAAACAGAACCAACCACUUCCUGAGGUCCCUGGGUGUCUGUUUGGGAACUGGAAUCCUGCAGGAGUUGCAUUGGCCUAAAGCUGGGAUCUUGCACCCUUCCCAGACCAACCAACCAGAUCUACACCAAGACUUGCCUCUGGAGCAGGGGCCCUGGCAAAGAGAAUUGGGUAGCUGUGCUUCCUUGGGCCUGCCUCUGAAGUUGCUACUACUUUAUAGUGCCUCCUACCUCCCAACCCCCAGCUUCAGGUCCCUCCCACCACACUGUUCCCUGUGCCCUCUCUUCAAUCUUCCCCAGGCCAGCUCUCCUGAUGUGUUUACCAUGGGCUUGUUGUCCCCAACGCUGAGUCAGGGCUAAAAAACAACCUAAAGAUGGAUGAGAGAAAAGGAAAAGAAAGAAAGACCCCUGAGACCACUGGCCUGGCCCCAGAGAAGUUGUGCUACUGUGGAAAUAUCUGCCAUGUUUGACUCAUACUGACAUAGGACCAGACAGAAGGAACCCUUUGCCUUCCCUAGAGUGCCACAGGAAGGACAUGAGGGUCCUCCAGCAACCCCUGUCCAGGAUAGACCACGAUGCCCUGCUAUGGGAGCAGGACUGAGAGAUUUGGGUGUGGAUAGUCCUACUUCACUGUCAUGAGCAAACAUUGAUCUUACUUAGACUUAAGGAGACACCGGGCCUUAGGCAAAUGUAAUUAAGUCUGAUACAAACACAAAAGGAUGUUUUAUUAUGAUGUUACCAUAAUCGACUAUGCAAGGCAAUUAACAAAGAGAAAAGCAUUUUUUUGGCUGACCGUUCUGGAGGUCCCCACCAAAGAUCAAGAAGUUAUAUUGCUUUGGGCUUCUGGCAACAGUGCCAAAUGGCAACGUCAGGGGGCACAUGGCAGAACAAAAUGCUUACACUACGAGCCAGGAGGCAAAGAGGGAAGUUUGGACCCAAGCCCUACAAUCCCUUCAGGGCCUGUUCCCAAUGACCUAAAGACCUCCCACUAGCUCUGCCGCUAAAGUUCCACCACUUCCCAAGACCCCCUCUGAAUAAGACGAGCCAUAGCAGAGGUCAACACUUGCUUCCUGUUCUCUUGGUCUGUGUUUCUUGCAUAAAAUAAAAAUUUUCCUAAAUCAAAAAGUAAGUGUAGAGCCAGACAUCCUUCAGUGAGGGGCCAGGGCCUCUCAGCCUCAGUUUCCAAAUAUGCCCUGCACAGCCAUAAUGCCUGGAUCUCUGUUGAGAGGUACCCUUGGUUUUCCUUUAUUCUCUAUGUAGUAUCACAGCAGGGAAUCAGGCAGAGGCUGGCACUGGAGUAGAACCCUCCACACCCAUACCGUGUGUGUGCUGUUGUCAUGUGGAGCCCCAGCCUUUCCCUGUAGAGGAACUUUCCUGCACUGUGAAGGGUACAGCAGGUAACAGUCAGAACAAGUGGCUGGCCCUUGUCUUCCGACAGAAUGGAUACCUCAUGUGGCACAUCCAGCAUUUGGAUGUGGUUAGUGUGACCAGGAAGCUGAAUUGUAAAUUUUGACAUUUUAAUUCAUUUAAAGUAAAUUUAGUUCUAGUUCAUAUAAGAGUAACUGAAAUGUAAUGAGAUUAUAAGUAUAGCCUGGGGCUAUUCUGUUUUUUUUUCUCCUAAAAGCCGGGAAUAUGUUUAUUUAUAAAAAUGCAAUCCUUAUAAGACAUUGGGGGAGGCUCAGUGGUAGAACAUAUACUUAGUACACACACACACACACACACACACACACACACACACACACACACACACACACUAGUAUAUACACACACUAAAAUAAAGUAAAAUUUAGCUGGACAGAUAAAUACAUAUGACAGCAUUCAAAAACAACAAGCCACCAUCUUGUGAAGAGAUACUGAAAUGUGCCUACCAACACGUAGUAUGGAUAGUCAGGGCUCAGCGGUGUGCAGUGGCCCUGUCCUGGCUGGCCUCCUCUGUUGCCUGUGAGGCCAGUUUUGCUCAUAUUCCUCACUAGGUUCCCUGCCUCCAUUCUCAGCCUAAUUGUACUCCUGGGGAGAUCCUUGCAAAGUGCAACAACACCGUAUCAUACCUCUGCCCGAAAACCACAGUGGCUUCUCUGAUCCUCGCUGGAGCCAGGACUUGAGCACCCCGACCUGGAAGGGCUAACAGAAGAAGUGUUCCUUGGAGACAGUCCAGCAGCAGGUAGAAGGAAACCCGGGUCUGGAGGGUUAGAGAAACCAGAGGAGAAUGAGUAGUGCACGUCGGCAAGAUGAGUCCUUGCAAACCCGGGAGGCUGAAUCCACCCCAUAAUAGAUGUCCUAAAAGCUACUGAGACACUUUUGAAACAGCAGAGAACAUAGAAUAAGGUCUAUAUGCUAUCUGCUGCUUUUCAAUACAUCUUCUUUUUUCUUUUAUUGUAGUAAAACACAACAAAGUUUACUGUCCCAUCCACUUUCCAGGCUGCAAAACAGUGAUCCGGAGCAUUCCAUGAUGCAAUGCAGCAGUCCCCACCACCCAGGUCUAGGGGCUUGUCAUCACCCCAAGAUGACACUGUCCCCUCCCUGCUGUCUUCCUAUGUAUCAUGUGCUCCAGAGACCUCACAGAUGGAGACUCACAUAGUUCGUGCCCUUCUGUGACUGGCUUACUCACCCAGGGUCAUGUCCUAGGGUCUAUCCACUUGGCAGCAUGUAGCAGAACACCCUUCUAUGCUAAGGCUGAGUAAGACUGCACUGGACCACAUUUGCUUAGCCAUUCAGCCACUGAGGGACUCCUGGGAUGCUGUGAAUGUUGCUGUGGGCACAGGUGUGUGUGUGUCUACCCGAGUCCCUGCUUUCAGCUCUUUUGCACCUAGAACUCUAAGGAUUGGAUCACAUGAUAAUUCUAUGUUUUUAAGGAACUAUCAAAACAUUUUCCAUAGUAGAAAAAUAAUUUCUAAUCUAGAAUUUAAUUUCUAAACUACUUGCUUGUGAUCUAAAACAAAUCAACUAAGGUCAGUGAGAUAGAUCAGUGCUUAAAGGCACCUGCUACCAAGCCUGAUGAACUGAGUUCAACCCCCAGAACCUACAUGAUGGAAAGAUUCAACUGACUGCUGUGUCCUCUGACCCCCAUAUACCAAACACAACACACACACACACACACACACACACACACACACACACACACA